UCCCCACAGGUGGGGAUGAGGGUACCCAGCAGGGUGCUGGGUUACAGAGCCACCUGGGUUAUGCUGCCCCUGACUCUGGGCUGGGAGAUUCCCACUCUUGCUUUGUGUUUUUCAGCCCCAGCAGAAGAGAGAAGCUGCUCCUGGCUGAACCCCUGGGUCUUCCUUAUUUCUGUCCUUGUCAUCAAAACUGCCUUUGUGACUGUCUGUUUUGUGGCUCCCUUCUCCCACAGCAGUGACCAGCCCACAGCCCUGCAGGAGAAAUUCACAGCGUGGGAGUGCGACUCAGCGGUGUCAGAAAACAAAGGCCGAGGCUGGAUGUGCUGCCCAAAGGGCUGGAGAAGGUUUCAAAACAGCUGCUAUUUUCUGUCCCUUGAUAAGAUGCCCUGGUCUGAGAGUGAGCAGAACUGCACUGGGAUGGGCUCCCACCUGGUGGUGAUCAACAGUGAGGAAGAGCAGGUUUUCCUCUCUAAACAGAUAAAACCAAUUCUAAAAGCAGAGAAUUUCUACAUCGGUCUGAGAGCAGAGAUUGUGGAUCAGUGGCAGUGGGUGGACAAGACUCCCUAUGAUGUAACAGCAGCGUUCUGGCGAAGAAAUGAACCAAGUGAUCACAAGGAUGAGAUGUGUGUUGUAAUGCAUAGGGAUUCAGAAAUACCCAACAACUGGAAUAAUAUUGAAUGUCAGAUGUUUUAUUGGAUUUGUGAAGCUGCUGCCGUAACUGUGUGAUGGAAAUACCCCCAUCUUUAGUAAAAGUGGGAGAUGAGCAGUGAGCUGAGACUGGCAGAGGGCUGUGCUGGAGGGGUGGGGAGCCCUGAAGCCUGCAUCUUCACUGUGCUGUGUGGGAAAAUGGAAGUGGAAGUGAUACGACCCUUUGUCCAGCAUCCCCAGUGCAUCGAGGGGCUGAGGGAACACUUGAAGGCUGAGGAUCAUCAAAGCAGAUCCCAUGUUCUUGUGUCCUCUUCUCUCUGAGUGGGUCCAGAGGCCACUGGCAGAAAAGACAUGGAGUUCUCCAGGAAGAAGACACAGGAAUGGAAGACAGAUGUCCUGAGCUGCAUUUUCUUUCUCUCCUUCAGCAGAAGUCUCUGCUUUCUGUUGAGUCACAUGCAGAAUGUCCUCCAGUUGCACUGGUUUUGUUGAACAAGUUCUGAAAUUUAUGCAAGAGAAAAUACAGUAUUAGACCAAUAAAAAAGUCUCUGUGCAGUGUGUGUA